UCCCCCAGUUGCGUCUUCCAAAACAACAACAACAACAAAAAAGUAGUCCUGGCCUCUCCGCAUCAAAAUCCUCUCCGCAACUACUGCUAGAGGAAGAGAACCAGGGUCUGCGCCCCCUCCGAAGGCGAGCAGGGUGUGGCUGUUGGAGACGGCGCCUUAGGGCAAUGGUGUUAAGCAGAGAGAUGGCAUUAGAAGAAAUGAAUGGAGACGGGGUUGGGGGUGGCAGGGAACCCGGAGGUGAGGUGUAGGACUGAGUUUCAGCUGACUCCAGAGGGCAGAGGGGAGCAAGAUGUCGGAUGAAGAUGACUUGGACGACAUUGAGCCGGACCAGGAUGAUCUCGAGAAGGAAGAGGAGGACAAGGAGACGGAGGAGUGGGAAGACUACAGGAAGGAUGGGGAAGAAGUCUCUGAGGAAUGGAUGCCCACCCCCCUCACGGAGGCCAUGAUGAAGGAAGGGCUUUCUUUACUCUGCAAGACUGGCAGCGGACUGGCUCAUGCUUACAUUAAGCUAGAGGCUAAAGACAGGGACCUCACAGACAUCAACCUGCUGCGCUCCUACAUCCAUCUUCGUUACGUGGACAUCUCUGAGAACCACAUUACAGACCUGUCGCCUCUCAACAGUCUCACCCACCUCCUGUGGCUCAAGGCUGAUGGCAAUCAGUUGCGAAGUGCCCGGAUGAACGAGCUGCCCUACCUGCAGAUCGCCAGUUUCUCCUACAACCAGAUCAUGGACACAGAAGGCAUCUUUCAUCCCCGGCUAAGAAGCCUGGAUCUCAAAGGGAACCGCAUCCGUCAUGUGAGUGGUCUGGACCCGGAAAGACUGACGAGCCUGCACACCCUGGAGCUUCGGGGGAACCAGUUAGAAAGCACAUUGGGAAUCAACCUUCCUAAACUGAAGAAUCUCUUCCUGGCUCAGAACAUGCUGAAGAGGAUAGAAGGCCUGGAGAACCUCAGCAACCUGACCACUUUGCAUCUCCGAGACAACCAGAUUGAAACUCUGGAUGGCUUCUCCAAGGAGAUGAAAUCACUGCAGUACCUGAACUUGAGGAGCAAUAUGAUUGCUGACCUGGGGGAGCUGGCCAAACUGCGGGACCUGCCCAAGUUGCGAGCCCUGGUGAUGCUGGACAACCCGUGUGCAGACGAGACCGACUACCGCCAGGAGGCGCUGGUGCAGAUGGCAAACCUAGAGCGCCUAGACAAAGAGUUCUUUGAGGAUGAGGACCGGGCUGAGGCAGAGGAGAUCCGUCAGAGGCUGAAGGAGGAACAGGAACAGGACCUGGAUGCAGACCAUGACAUGGAACCUUACCGGCCACCGUCUUAGCGGCUCUUCCUAAACCCAUAGAGACCAAUGAGGCUGGCCUCAAGAAUCGCUAAGACUCCAGUGGGGCCCACAACAUUCAUGGCCCUGUGAUAGGAAGUGGAAGAUACUUGCUGUCUUUUGUCUCCGAAUUAAAAAUCCAUCAUAUCCCAAGGCCCAGGUUCUUUGGUGGUCAUCUCUGUGUGACUUGCUCUGUGGGCCUAAACUCCUAAGCUCUGUCUGGAGCCUAGAUCGGGGACAUCCCUCAAGCAGGUCUGGGGUAACCAGGAUGGAGUAGGGGUUGUCUGGAGAAAGGGGCUGAGGAGGUGGGCUGUGGUGUGACAGUUCAGGUUUCAAAUAAAACAGUA